AUGGAGGAUAUAGAGGAAGAAGAGGAGGUGAUGGGAUCGAGCUUGACGAUGGAGAAAGUAGCGGCAGCAAAGCAGUAUAUAGAGAAUCAUUAUAGAGCUCAAAUGAAGAAUAUUCAAGAGCGAAAAGAAAGAGUCCGCAAUUUGAAAGUCCAUGCUAGUUGUCGACAAGAAUCAAUUCCAACAUCUGAGUGGGUACUGAAUAAUGUAGUUAUCGGACGAUGGGUGUUGGAAAGAAGGUUAGCUUCUUCUGAUGUUCCCAAGGAGGAGCAGAUCAACCUGAUUAAAGACUUAGAAAGAAAAGAGACAGAGUUCAUGCGACUUAAAAGGCACAAGAUAUGUGUUGAAGAUUUUGAGCUUCUGACCAUCAUUGGAAGGGGAGCCUUUGGUGAGGUUCGAUUGUGUCGCGAGAAGAAAUCUGGCAACAUUUAUGCCAUGAAAAAGUUGAAGAAAUCUGAAAUGCUAAAGAGAGGACAGGGUUGCACAGUCCAUUUUAUCUCUCCUGCCUGUGUGUAUGUGUUUGAGAUGGCUUACUUUGGUUCCAAGGGUGGCAUAGCCUGGGGAGAUGGAAUGGGUAUUAGAACCCUUGACCACAUAGAAGUCGAUGUAUAUGUUUCUGCACCACAGGUGGAACAUGUUAGAGCUGAAAGGAACUUGCUGGCAGAAGUUGCAAGCCACUGCAUUGUCAAACUCUAUUACUCAUUUCAGGAUGCUGAGUAUCUAUAUCUGAUUAUGGAAUAUCUGCCUGGUGGUGAUAUGAUGACUCUGCUGAUGAGGGAGGAUACCUUAACUGAAAGUGUGGCUAAGUUUUACAUUGCUCAAAGUAUUCUUGCUAUCGAGUCGAUUCACAAACAUAAUUACAUUCACAGAGAUAUUAAACCUGAUAACCUUCUUCUGGACAAAUAUGGUCACAUGAAACUAUCAGAUUUUGGCUUGUGUAAGCCUCUUGAUUGUGCAACUUUAUCUGUGAUCCAUGAAAAUAAAACAAUUGAUGAUGAAAAUAUGACUGAACCAAUGGAUAUUGAUGGAGGUAUUGCCGAUGCGGACAAUAAAAGUAGUUGGAGAAGCCCCCAUGAACAGCUUCAGCAUUGGCAGAUGAACAGAAGGAAGUUGUGCUUAUUUUUCUGCUUUGAUCUCUAA